AUGCCUCAACCAACAAUAUCUCCAAAUAUCCAACCAAACCUUCAACCAAAACCUCUAAACCUGACUGCCGCCAUCGAAGCCAUUAAAAAAUUUAUGGUUUUUGAUGGAAACGAGGUACUAAAGAAUCCAGUCAAUUUAUCCCAAAUUCAACCCAAUCAAUGUGUCGUGCUUCCAUUGUAUGACACCAAUUUAUUUUUCAAUCACAACUUAGAGCUAGAUGGUGUGAGGGAAGACGUGUACUACGAGCUCAAAUUUGAAGAUGGGAAGUUUAUAACGCCCAUGGGUGUAGGCAGUCCGCCCCAAUCUGUUGUCUGGAUAAUCGACACGGGAUCGCCGUUGACAUGGACCAUUUGCAAGCCAUGCGAUAGGUGUCCAGAAUCACCACCAUUUGACAGCUCUGUUUCACGGUCUUUCAAGAAGGUGGACUGUUACGGAAGAAAUGAAUGCAUUGGUGAUUUCCAGUGUGAUGAAUAUCCCAGCCAUGAUUGCCGAUAUGACUUCGGGUACGCCGAUGGUAGAGCUGUGGCUGGAUUUAUGGUUUACGACAGAGUGACUCAUCCUUCUUCUCGAGAUACGAUCGUGGACAGAUUAAAAUUUGGGUGUACGAAUAAUUGGCCAAAAAGAUUCAAAGUGGAGGGGCCAAUCACUGGUUUGGUGGGACUGAAUCAGGAUCCAGAAUCAUUCAUCCAGCAAUUCAAAGCGGAAUCAUUUAGCUUUUGCUGUGCACCGGAGCAUUCAUUUCAACAGUCAAGAUUCAUCCUAAAUGCCCCAACAGAGGAGACCAGCUCAGACACAGUGCGGAUACCCAUACGGGAUAAAAAAUACAGUUACCACUAUGAUCUCACACUUGCCGGGAUUGCAGUUGGGGAGGAUGAUUAUGUGGCAGUAGAACCUAAAAAAAUUAAUAACUCAAUUUUAGCAACAAUUGAUACUGGGGCUAGAGCGCCAUCGUUAUGCCCCAAGGAAAUGCUUAAAGCACCAUCCUUGUCCGCCCGCCGCCGCGGCCAACAGCACCGCCAGCAACACCGCCUUCGUGGAGACUUGUGUGGCGGCGCUCUUCGAUACACCAUCAUAUUUGUGGUUGGACCGGAUGAAGAGGAAGCACCUGGAUUGCCAUCAUUACUUUAUGAGCCUCAGCAAGAUGAUCAAGCUUUACAGGAACAGAGGCAUGUGUAUGGCUCGGGGUGA